AUGGCGGUUGCGGCUGCCGGACGUGCUCGUCAGGGUGCAGGACCAGACGACUAUGUACUCGUCAUGCACAAGAUGUGCCCGUUUGCACAACGUGCAUGGUUUGCCAUGGAGGAGUCAGGGCUCAAGUUCAAGCUUAAGGAGGUCGGCUUGGGGGCACAACUGGUCUACGACUUAAACCCUAAGGGCCUUGUCCCGGUGCUGGUAGACCCAGCGGGAAAGGUGGUUGUAGAGUCGGAAGACAUCGUGGAUGCCAUUGCGCAAAAGUCUUCAACAUCCCUUAGUAAAGCUGCAAGCCCCGAUCAUGUGGGAGAGAUCCGACGACUCAUCAACCAGCGUCUGCUCCCGGCUGGCAAGAAGGCAAAGAUGUUCGGACAGCCAGGAGACCUGGGUCCUGUGCUUCAAGAUUUGGACAAGAUGGUAGUGGGCCCCUUCUUGACGGGCGAGGAGGUCACUGUAGCGGACGUCUCCGCGGCGCCAAUGCUUCAGCGCAUUUUUGAAGACGGAAUGGUUCCGGAGGAGCUCACCCAGCUGCACGCCUGGUGGAACGCAGUCAAUGCCCUACCCUCCUUCCAGAAGACAAUGGUGCGAUCGUACUGGUGGUGGUGGUGA